UCUACUUCAACGUGUGUGUCAGUUCCUGGAAUUUGCGCCACAAACGGCUUAUGGCUGAUCUGCAGUUUAUCAGUAACAAAAUCUGAUCAAAAACUGUACCUCAGCAGUAUUUUUGCACUAAUACUGCAGAGACUGACUCUGGAGGAGCAACAGAAGUGAUCGUCCCGACCUCGUCACGUCACGCGGAUCUCAGACACAAUGGCGGCGCUCAAAACGUCCAGCAAGAGACCGUAUCACCUCAUAGUUUUCGGCGCGAGCGGCUUCACCGGACAGUUCGUGGUGGAGGAGGUCGCGCGGUCCAUUGACGAGGGUCCAGGAGGGACCUUACAGUGGGCUGUAGCGGGACGAAGUCGAAACCGACUGGAGAAAACCCUCAGUCAGGCAGCUGACGCUCUGUGUAAACCCGAACUGAAGUCUGUGGAGGUUAUUGUAGCAGAUGUAGCCGAGACAGAGUCACUGGCCAUCAUGUGCAAACAAGCUGUCAUCGUGCUCAACUGUGUGGGACCAUAUCGCUUCUAUGGGGAGCCGGUGGUGAAGGCCUGUAUAGAGAAUGGGGCUCACUGCAUUGACAUUUGUGGAGAACCGCAGUUUUUAGAGGGGAUACAGCUGAUGUACCACAGUAAAGCUGAGGAGAACGGUGUGUAUAUUAUUGGAAGCUGCGGGUUUGAUUCAAUACCUGCAGACAUGGGCAUCAUUUAUACACAGAAUCACUUCAAAGGAACUCUCACCGCUGUGGAGAGCUUUUUAACCAUCAACACUGGACCUGAGGGAGGAUGUGCCCAUGAUGCAACAUGGCAGUCAGCCAUCUUUGGCUUUGCUGACAGUGGCAACCUCAGAAGAAUAAGGAAGAAGUUUGGGCAUAAACGUCUGCCAGCUGUCGGCGCUCGAAUUAAAAAGAGGGGAGCUGUAUUUUUCAGUAAGGAGAUUGAGCAGUAUGCCAUCCCUUUCAUGGGCUCAGAUCCGUCUGUGGUGCGCCGGACCCAGCGCUUCAUGCAUGAGGAACAAAAACACAGUCCUGUUCAGUACAUGGCAUACGUGGGUAUUGGUGGGCUUUUUUCUGUGGUGAAGACUCUCUUUGCAGGCAUCAUGUUCUGGUUCAUGGUCAAAUUUAGUCUCGGCAGAGGAUUGCUGACUCAGUUCCCAGAAUUUUUCUCCUUUGGCUUGUUUUCCAAGACUGGACCAUCAAGAAAGCAGAUGGAUGGGACCUCCUUCUGUAUGAGGUUUUUGGGGGAGGGCUACAGCACAGGGCAGGAACCCCCUCAGGGCAAGCCAGAUUCAACAAUCAGCACUGAAGUAACAGGACCAGAGCCAGGAUACAUCGCAACUCCGAUUGCCAUGGUGCAGGCUGCUAUUACACUGCUGAACGAACCUCACUGUCUCCCUAACAAAGGUGGUGUGUUCACUCCAGGCUCAGUGUUUGCAAGAAGCACCCUAAUCGAGCGUCUCAACAAACAUGGCAUCCGGUUCUCAAUCAAGAACCCAUAGUAGACAAUUAUGAGUACUCAGAUUCACUAAGCAUAGCUCAUCGCUGAUGUUCAAUGAACCAAGAAAUUCAGUCAAUGUGUGUUGUAGGCAUGUUGUUUAUGUGUCACACUUCAAAUGCUUCAAUGACGUUGUAUUAAAUAAACAUGAGGAACAAUUGGUGGUGAUUGUAAAACAACAUGAGAAAAUUUGUUCUAGAACCCACUUCUUUUUACUGAAAUGUUGUAUUAAUGAAUAUCUUGCAAGCAGGGAAAGAACUAACAGGAAAAGUUAGACCAGACGUACAGUUUUAGGUGAAUGGAUUCUGUCAUGUUUGAUUAUUAGAUUUGAUUUAGAAACGCUUUCGUUUGUUUUCUGAAAUUAUAUGAAAUUUCUGAAGUUUUGGAUCAACUUGAGGGUGAGUAAAUGGUAACAAACUUUUUAUUUUCCAGUAAACUAACUUUUAAACUUCUAUUAAUUAGUUAAUAAGAUGAAUAAUAAAUAAAAAAUGUAUUCACCCUCAAGAUAUUUUGAAUAAAGCUGAAAACCGUGAACCAUUGUCUUGCAUUGUAGUACUAACAAAUAGGCCUACUAUGGAAGUCAGUGUUUCAAGGUUUCAACAUUCUUCAAAAUAUCUUCUUUUGUGUUCAACAGAAUAAAAAAAACUCAAGUGAAUAAGUGAAGGCUGAGUGAAUUAUGAGAGAAUUUUCAGUUUUUUGGAUAUCCCUUUAAUUAAUCUCUCUCUGCCUUUGACGGGAUUCACCCACUAGAGGUCUCCUUUUUUCAUUUUUACAUCUGCCAAUUGUUUAUUUUUUGGAGAUGACAGGAAAGGUCAUAUGGUGUGAGAUAGGGUAGAACGUUGUUUGGGGGAGAUUAGAAAAGGCAGUGGAUUUAUGUUUUAAAGGAAAAGAUGCAACGUCUGAGGGUCGCAGCGGGUGAAUGUUGACGCUUUCUGGCAGACGACGGUUAGUAUGACUCAGCUUCAGCUGCUUUCACUGUCUCGCAGCUAAUCAAGAGAAUUUAAUGUGUAUUGUCACGCUUGACUAAAGAGUUGGCAACUAAGUGUGUUACAAUAUAAAGACGUGGAAUACAUGGAUUGAACCCAUGUAGAUCAUUAGAGAAAUGAACAUGGUGGCAUAAAGAAGUUUCGGGUGAUAUUUGAUAUGCAACACCUAAUGAACUCUUAAAGGAAUAGUUCAGUCAAAAAAUUUAAUUCCGCCAUCAUUUGAUCCUUUCAAACAAACAAGUCGUUACUUUUUAUUCGUUCUGAACACACAAGAAGAUAUUUUGAAAAAUGUUAAAAACUGGUAACUAUUAAUUUUGUUAAUGUUUGUUUUUCCUUUGGAUGUCAAUGGUUAUGGGUUUCCAGUGUUUUUUUUUUAUUUGUGUUCAACUUCUACUUUGUGUUCAACUGAACUGUCCCACAACUAUCUCAAGUAUCCUUUUAAAAGUUUUUUAUUGUUAAAUUGCAAAUGCUGCCAUUUUAAAAAGUAGUUUAUAUAAGUUUGGAGUCAAAAAAGACUUUAAUAUACUCAAGUGAGUCUUUAUCAAUUUGCUCACGUUUGUGCUGCUACUUGCCAAGUAAAAAAAAUCAUGUCGCUUCCUGGAA